AAAGUAUUUAAAAUAGUAAAAGCGGAAGGAAAAGGAGCCCAAAAACUGAAACCGAAAUACAAGAGGACCCGUCUGAACCGAUAACAGCUGCCUGCACGUGACACACAAAUAAACAGAUCGUCUGUAAACACACAGCACAUGAACUUCACUUAGUGGGGACAUUUGUCAGCUUUUUUUUUCUCUGAAUGACCAAAUCAGAGGUCAAAGGUUAGUGGCUCACUUGUUUUCCUCUCCCUGCUCUCCUAUUGACUGACAGACUCACUUUAUGAAGGACCACGGGGUCGAUGCCACUUCACAGACUGCAAACAUCAGACCAGCAGACAUGAUAACAAUCCCAGAUCUGAUCAGGAAGAAGAGGGAUGGAGGACAGUUAAGUGAUGACGAGAUCAAAGCCUUCAUCCAGGCCGUUAAAGAGAAAACCAUUCAGGACUCUCAGACAGGGGCCAUGCUGAUGGCUAUUUGGCUGAAUGGGAUGGUCUCCGCCGAGAUUAAGGCCCUGACCCGAGAGAUGAUGUCAUCGGGAGAAGUGAUGGAAUGGCCCGAUGAGUGGAAAAAUUUCAUGGUGGACAAACACUCGACUGGCGGGGUGGGAGAUAAAGUCAGUCUGGUGUUAGCGCCAGCGCUAGCUGCCUGCGGCUGUAAGGUUCCUAUGAUCAGUGGGCGGGGCUUGGCUCAUACAGGAGGAACUCUUGAUAAACUGGAAUCAAUUCCAGGAUUCAAGGUGGAGCAAUCAAGAGAGCAGAUCCUGGAGAUCCUGGACUCAGUGGGCUGUUGCAUUGUGGGUCAGACAGAGACUUUGGUUCCUGCAGAUCGAGUCCUGUACGCUCUGCGGGACAUCACCAGCACCGUGGACAGUUUACCUCUGGUUACUGGUUCGAUCAUCUCAAAGAAAGGAGCCGAGUCUCUGUUUGCUCUGGUGCUGGAUGUCAAGUUUGGACGAGCUGCUAUCUGCAAAGACUUGGAAAGUGCUACAGAACUAGCUCAGAUGCUAGUGGAAGCAGGAAACGGCCUGGGCAUAUGUACAGCAGCUGUGCUCAGCGGCAUGAACAGUACGAUCGGUCGAUGUGUGGGAAACAGCGUGGAGGUGAUCGAAUCUCUGGAGACGCUGAAGGGAAACAGACCCGAUGACCUGAUGGAGCUGGUCACGACUCAGGGCGGCUUGUUGCUCGUGAUGACUGGUCUAGUGUCUGACCUAUCAGAAGGCAGAAAGCAGAUUUCCGAAGCUGUGGUUGGUGGAGCAGCGCUGUCAAAGUUCCAGGCCAUGAUGGAGGCUCAGGGCGUGAACAGCGACACAGCUCAGCUGUUGUGCUCCACCAACGCAGAUUACUACAGCAUCCUGAGAAAAGCGAAGCAUCAGCUGGAACUGAAGGCUCCUGCAGACGGUAUCGUUUUGGAGAUUGACGGUUUGGUUUUAGCUCAGGUGCUUCACAGAUUGGGUGCGGGGCGAUCAAAGGCUGGAGAGCCUGUCAAUCACAGUGUGGGGGCGGUGCUACUGGUGUCUAUAGGUCAGAGGGUCACAAAAGGUAAGAGGCUGUUGCUACUGCUGCUGAUGGUGUGAGGGACAUCCUCCUGAUGGAGUCGUGUGUUUUCAGGCGACCCGUGGCUGCGGCUCCAUUAUGAGGAUCUGGCGCUGACCCCAGACCAGAGGAAUCACCUCGAGAGCGCCCUGACUGUGGGAGCAGACAAAAAAAUACAAACACAACAGAAACACACUUUGGUGGAA